CCCACACAUCCUUCUCAGAAACCAGCCAUAUCACGCAAUACACAAACACACACACACACACACACACACUCCCUCUCUCCCAGAAGAACAAACAAGCUCAUAUCAGUGACAGUAAAGCAGUAAGCAGGCAUGGCCAACAUGAUCAUGGCCUCUACCAGAACCUUAACCCCACCGACUCCCUCACUCUCCACCACUCCAAAACCCAAACUCUCAAUGUCCCAAAUCACACUCCCCAAACUCCCAGCCCCAAAAAUCACAAAACACCAACUCCUCAAACUCUCAACCUCCACACUCAAAUCCCUGUCCCUAGUAGCCGCCACCUCACUCACCCUGGCCCCACCUUCCCUAUCUGUAGAGAUGGAAAAAGCAGCACUCUUCGACUUCAACCUCACCCUCCCAAUCAUCGUGGCAGAAUUCUUGUUCCUCAUGGUCGCUCUAGACAAGAUCUACUACACCCCAGUUGGCAAAUUCAUGGACGAAAGAGAUGCUGCCAUAAGGGCCAAGCUCAACGACGUGAAGGACACUUCUGGAGAGGUGAAGCAGUUGGAAGAGCAAGCCGCAGCGGUGAUGAAGGCUGCCAGGGCCGAGAUAGCGGCGGCGCUAAGCAAGAUGAAGAAGGAAACACAGGAAGAGGUGGAGCAGAAGCUGGCGGAGGGAAGGAAGAAAGUGGAGGCAGAAUUGCAAGAAGCCUUGGCCAAUUUGGAGCUGCAGAAGGAAGAAACUCUUAAGGCACUUGAUUCUCAGAUUGCUGCUCUAAGCCAGGAAAUUGUCAAGAAGGUCCUUCCUACUGUCUAAUUAAAUUUUUGGGUUUGUAUUGUAUUCACAUCAUCUUUAAUGAAUCAAUGUUGUUAGUUUUGUAAACAGUAAACUCUAUGUGUACUUAAUUCAUCCCCUUUUUCUUUUUC